AUGCUGGUUGCUUCAAAUAACGACAAUACUGCCCAUCCGAGUGAAGUUGAGAGGCUUUUGGGCACGACCGAGCAUCAGGAAGAGCAGCUCACAGACUCGGAAGGCGAGGAUGACUUUGUGAAAAAAUACGGCGAUAUCAAAUUUCAGUACAUCAAAAGGCCCAAGGACGCCCUUUGGUUCAUCAGGCCCCAUGCGCUCAACUACUUCAAGGAAGGUGUCUUGUAUCGCACCAAAGGCGAAAGACUGUCAGGAAAGACUGAAUUGUUUCUCGAUUUAAUUUAUGUUGGAAUUAUCGGUAAAGUUGCCGGGGAGGCUUGCGAGGAUGCUUCUUGGGCGGCUCUUAUCAAGUACAUUUUAAUAUUCUUGCCUUACUGGACCGUUUGGGCCGAUAUCAAGGACGUAACGAACUACUACUACAACGAGGACUUGUCUCAGAAGUUAUACCUCUUGUGGAUCUUGGUGUUGUUGACCACGUCAGUGAAUGCCCAACAGCUGGUAUUGGAACUGACGAAAGGCGCCGCUUUCACAAUUGUGCCCUAUAUUCUUUGCAGACUAUCCUUAGCGUUCGGUUUAUUGUUUUACUCGUUCUUCAUUCCUGAGCACAGAGCACAACAACGUCUUUACUUUGUCUUUUUGCUUAUUACAAAUGCUAUAUGGGUUCCCGUAAUUUUUGUGGGCGCUAAAGCGAAGGUUGUGAUCGCACUCAUUGCCAUUGCUCUUGAGCAGAUUACCUUCUCAAUUGUGUUUCACCCUUACACUAAACGAUUAUUGAAACUAACCAUGUCCACGGCUCUCAAUAUUGAACAUGAAGUGGAGAGAAUGGGUGCGUUCUACACCGUUGCCAUAGGUGAAUUUCUCAAGACAAUUACCGCUGAGCUGCGCAUCGGCGUCGGGUUCACGAAGCUGUAUCCAAGGGGAAUUCUUUUUCUUGUGAUUGCUUACACCCUUUUUUGGCUCUAUGACGGCUGUGGCAAUUGUAAGAAAGCUGUACAUCCUCUUCGUCAUAGUGCUUUCAGGGCAAUUUCAUGGAUUUACCUCCAUGUGCCUCUCAUUGGGUCUGUCGUGCUUGCUGCUAACUCUGGUGGUGAGCUUAUUGGUAUUCAAGAGCAUAGAAUACAGUGGAGUCGUACCACGGGUGAAAUCGAACCGCAUCUUGACGCCUACGCUCUCAGAUUGUUCUUCACCGGUGGCCUUUGCGUGGCGUUACUCUCUAUUUACGCCAUUGGCUCUUUGGAUGAAAGCAGAGAUGCUCCAGGCACAUUUUUGGUGCUGAAGUUUUGGAGAGUUUUUUGGAGGUUACCGGCUGCAAUCGCUAUCCUUGCUCUCAGAUUCUUGAACAUUGGAAUCACCGCGGUGAUGGCCUCUACAGCGGCAAUUCUCAUUGCUCUUUACUUUUACGAAAGUGUUGUUUCGACUCCCAAACGCUACCUUGCUUUUGGCGAGUAUUUCAAUGGUACAGCUGCUAAUUAG